GACAACCAGAGCCGUGCGGUCGACAUGCCCAAACGAGCCAGGGACGACCAGAGCCGCGCGGUCGACACGUUCGAACGUCCAAAAGUGCAAUUUCUGAAUUUCAUCUAUCCCUUAAUUUGGCUGGUUAUAACGCUUAUUUUAUACGAAACGAUUUUCGAGUCAGCUUACAAAUUAGAGUGGGUCAACCGAUGGUCUUGCGUAGUCGCCACGUCGCUAGUCUGUUACGGCUUGCUCGCGAUUUACCAUUUCCUUAAGAUGGUGUUGUCUUGCUUAGUUGACCUCACGCUCACGGGAAACACGCUAGGCAGAAAUGCUUUUAAAGCGCUGUACCUCGUCUGCCGGUACCACUUGGGAACCGCGUGCUACCGCGCGACUCUAAUAUUUCCCCGAAUACACGCGACGAUCGUGGUGAACGAGCAGGCAUCCAUAGAACGCUUGCAGCUCUCGGCGGCUCGCAGAUUUUACUUGACGCACUGGCACAUCUACAACCUUUCUACGACUGUGAGCGGCGCGCGUGGAUACAAUCACUCCGAGUCGAUCCGAGAGACUUGGCGAUUUUUCGUCAAACACCCCGAUAAAUUGCACAACUUCCAAAUAUUCAAGCACUUACACAAGUAUUUCUUCAUAAUCCUGAUGAUGACUAAUAAUUUAAUGUUUAUUUUUUUAUGGAUUCACGGAGCUAUCAUUGAUCCUCGUUUUCCUACGGGAACGUGGGUUGCGUAUAUUAUAGGCUAUUUUUUAUCUUUAAUACUCUUGAAUUGGCUCGACACUGUUUUUGAUGUAAUUCGAUUUCAGGAAGCUAAUAAGACUAUUUUCACCGAAUUACUUUAACCGAAAAUUUGUACGAUCUAACCGACAGAAUCAUUGUAUCGCAGCAAAAUGAUUAAAAAUGUUUAUACAUGCUAGUAUAGCGUUAACGAAUAUUCGAGAUAUAUUUGCGAUCAUAGAAGUAUGCGGAAUGAUGAAUUAUUUUAAACUGUCACAAGUGAAUGUCAGUGUUUUUAUAUCUUACAACAUUAUCGAGUUAUGAUAUGUGGAAAGAAUAAAUAGAAUAGCAUAUGUAAUUAUCAUAGCAAAGCUAUUUCUUCAUCAUUGUUUUAAACAUUGAAUUCGGCAAUACGAAGGAGAAAUUUGCUAUUAUUAAUACUACUGGGCAAAAACGUAAAUUACUACUUUGUAACAGCAGAAAUAGCAGCGCACCAGAAUAGAUGAAGAGAACCAGCGUAAACAAAUAUGAAUUAAAGGGUACCACAAUAGUUUGUCGAAACAAAAGAUUUAAUUAGUUCCAAUUGUAAGAAUCACGCGUGGAUUGUACAAGCUCGUGAAACUCCAGCACAGGGAAAUCUAUAAUUUUCAAUCAAUGAUUGCGAUUCGCUAAUGACUUCGUGCGAUUUCCGUUCGUUUGGCACUGCGUGUCAAUGUAAUCAACUAUACAUAUAAUCUAUACUCGUAUAGAUGCCAAUCAAGAUACUGCUUUCGUGCACGCGAUUGGUUGACACAGGUACGGUAAAACUCAACCUAGUACUGAUGUUUAUACACAGUGGUAAAGCGAAUAUCAUAGUAUAGGCGUGUUGACAGUUAGUCAGACAGGGUUGGGCGAUUCUGUCAAAAAGCUUCCAGCAAUUGACUUCAGACCUCACAAUUUUCAUAAAGCGGGAACGAAUUUUGUAAAACUGCUGGAAGUUUUGUGACAGAAUCGCCUAACCCCGUAGUGAGACUGCAGUGAAGCGCCCGAGAAGCUGUUUUCUCUGAUCUGUUACAAUCGAUACCUGUUGUACAGUCUUCAUGAA